GCUUCUGUGUUUGGGGGUCUUGUUUCCACAGCCAUCAAAGGUUAAAUUCAGAGGUCUUCCAUUUUGUUUGUCCGGUACGUAUUCGGUUGCAAUCGGUAAACUAAACGUGUCGCAGCAUCUAAAGCGGCGGGCGCACGUGAGCUAUGUAUAAUACAUGUAAAAUAAAGUCGGUGACAAAAUGACUUGGGAUGAGAACACAAAGACGUCACUGCAUUCUUAUUACGCAUUUGUAGGUUUGUUUAACUCUCAUCCAAACUCGUACUGCAUGUUCCAAGUACAUUAUAGUACACUUAAAGUACAGUGCAGUGUUGUAAUUCAUGUCGAACUCAAGGCAUGUAGUUGUUGAAGGCAGCCAGCAGGGGGCGGGCCUGAUCAACCUCCAAAAUGUGGUUUUGGGCAAACUGGCUAUAGUUUGCUUUUGAAUUAAUUGGAAGAAAAGCGAGUUGUUACUCCCACCCCUUUUCGAACAUGUAUAUGAAAUGAUUGUCUUGUCUUUCUCUCUACGAUUUGUCGCCAUUGUCAUUAACAAAUUAUUUUAAAGGGGGGGGGGGGGGGGCCUGUCUUGGACCUGGAAACUGUAUUUUACCGUCUGAAACAAAUUAGGAUGAGAUCAGAUGAUGCAUGAGUGUAAAAUUCUAAAACGUGCAUGGAUGAGUAACUGCUUUGUCCAAUUUUACACAAUGAAUAUUUAAUAUUCCUCGCAAACACUGUUCCGAUUAUAUCGUAUUAUUGUUAUUACGAUAAAGAAACUAGGAGAAUUUGCUCAAAGCGUUUACCGGCUGAACACAACGCGUUUGUGCAGCAUAAGGCUUUUCAAUUCUUUUUAUUUCAACGGAGUCUACCAAGUAAAGGCGUUUUUCCGAUGGACGCUUAAAGGCAUCAGCGCGAGCGACUGUUAUGUGCUGCCGAGAAAAUGGGGGAGCGGAGCGGAGACAUAGCACUAGGUGGGAGGGGCUUGCUAACGCUGACGUCACUCGCUGCGUGGAGGAGUAUAGGCUGUGCUGUCAAGCCUGUGUCAGUCUGAUGAAGAUUGGCAUGCAGGCUCUUUGAGAAGACCUGGACCCUGGGCCGCCACGGCGCAAGCACGAGUCAAAGCUGCUGUUAUGCUGCGGGCGAGCUAACUAUAUGUCAAGCGCUUGGCCCCUCAAUCACCGAGCGGCAGCUCCUUCCUUUCCUCCGCUUCCUCUCAACUCAUUUUAAUUAAGUCAGUCUCCGUGGCAUGUCUCAAUGUGACGCUAUCCCAUGAUGCAACAUGUGUCUCCGGCACCUGCAGUGAUAAUGAUGGCCACCCAGCGCGUUCCUCCACCAUCGUACCAGGAGAGCCAACAGAUGACGGGCACAACUCAGCAGAACAGCAAGACCCCGCAGGUCCAUAUCCCAGCAGCCACUGCGGGAGGAAAUAACUCUGUCAGUGUGACCCUUGACCCACAGACUCAACUUGAGUCUGACAAGAGGGCUGUUUACAGACAUCCGUUGUUCCCCCUGCUGGCAUUGCUGUUUGAGAAAUGCGAGCAGGCGACGCAGGGAUCCGAGUGCAUCACGUCCGCCAGCUUUGACGUGGACAUUGAGAACUUUGUUCACCAGCAGGAGCGCGAUCAUAAGCCUUUCUUCAGUGAAGAUCCAGAGCUUGACAACUUGAUGGUUAAAGCCAUCCAAGUGUUGCGGAUCCACCUAUUGGAGCUGGAGAAGGUCAACGAACUCUGUAAGGAUUUCUGCAACCGAUACAUCACCUGCCUCAAAACCAAGAUGCACAGUGACAACCUCCUUCGUAAUGACCUGGGGGGGGGACCGUAUUCUCCCACGCACACCAACCUCACCAUGCCCCAGGAACUCAGUCAGACCUCGUCUCCGUCCAUGACCUCUGUGUCCAACCCUACGGGGAUUGUGACAGCCAGUGGGGCUUUGCAACAGGGCAAUAUUUCUGUAACCACCAUCAAUUCUCAAGUGGUGUCAGGCGGGACGCUAUAUCAGCCGGUUGCCAUGGUGACUUCGCAAGGACAAGUGUUAACGCAGGCACUGCCGCCGGGAACCAUUCAGAUCCAGAAUUCACAAUUAAAUGUUGAUCUGUCAGCUCUAUUGGACAGCGAAGACAAGAAGUCAAGGAAUAAGAGGGGGGUCCUUCCCAAACAAGCCACCAACAUCAUGCGCUCAUGGCUCUUUCAGCAUCUCAUGCACCCGUACCCAACAGAAGAUGAGAAAAGGCAAAUUGCUGCACAGACAAACUUGACGCUUUUGCAAGUGAAUAACUGGUUCAUCAAUGCUCGGCGGCGUAUCCUCCAGCCGAUGUUGGAUGCCAGUAACCCUGACCCAGCUCCUAAAGCAAAGAAAAUGAAAUCCCAGCAUCGUCCCACGCAGCGUUUCUGGCCCGACUCCAUUGUAGCUGGAGUUUUGCAAACGCACCGAUCCCAAACGGGAAACAAUUCAGACGACCCGCUAAGCCUAGACAGCCUCCAGUCGCUGUCAUCGGACUCUGCCACUCUGGCCAUGCAGCAAGCCAUGCUGGGAGCUGACGACUCCAUGGAUGGCACCGACGAGGAGGAGGAGGAAGAGGAGGAAGAGGAAGGAAUGGAGGAGGAGGAGGAGGAGGAGGAAGAGGAGGGGGAGGAGGAGGACGGAGAGAAUGAAAACAAUAGGGGAAGAAGAGACGGCAGCAUAGAGCACAGAGAGGAACUGGAGUCUGCCAUUUGGGUGUUGAAAAUGGCCAUUGCCAAGGAAGCGGCGAGGGCCAUGCUAGCUGAUGCCCUGUUGCCGAGCAGUGCCGUGCCGAACCGGAUCAGCCAUCUGGAGUUGGAACUUCCUCUGGACAGGGUGAUCAAAUAUGUCUCUGUUGGCCUCCCUCUGUUGCUGGUCUCUAUGGCCUUUGCUCGGGAGGUGUCGCUCGGCCCACAGAUCAGCUGUUUUCCUCCCAGCAACUUCACCGUGAAGCAAGCCAGCUACGUUGAUACAUACUGCUGGGACUCCCUCAUGCAUCACGAGUUUGAUAGCAAUGGCAACUUUGAGGAGCGCUCCCUUUGGGUGCACAAAAUGUUCCCGUAUUCUCUUCUGGCUAUGGCAGUGCUCAUGUAUCUGCCGGCUCUCAUCUGGCGCCAGCUCGCUGUGCCUUCGCUGGGCUCCGACUUGCUCUUCAUUAUUGACGAACUCGACAAGUCGUACAACCGCUCCGUCCGAUUGGCUGGGAGCAUCCUGGAUAUGCGUCACAAUACCAAGAACCCGUUAACAUUUCAGGCGGAGCUGCAGAGAGCAAAGAGGAAGCGCUACUUUGAGUACCCCCUUCUGGAGAGAUACAUGCAGUGCAAGCAAAACUCCUACUUCCUGGUCAGCAUGCUCUUCCUGCGUGGCUUCCUCCUGCUGACCUUCAUGACGGCCGCCUGCCUUUACCUGACUUACUUCCACCUGUCCGCCUUCCUGCAAGAUGAGUUCAGCUGCUUUGUGCGUAGCGGCAUGCUCCGGGAUCACAACUGGAUUCCCGAGCUGGUUCAAUGCAAAAUGAUCGGCCAGUUGGUCUUUCAGGUUAUAAGUGUGGCCAACGGCGCCAUCUAUCUUCUCUUGGCACCCAUUGUAGUCUUCAGUAUCGUUCGGCUCUUUGUUUGGGACACCACCUUCAUCUCCGUCUACGAGGUGCUUCCCGCCCUGGACGUGGUCAACAAACGCAGGCUGGGCUGUCCGCUGAACGAUCUCAACGUGCUCCUGCUUUUCUUGAGGGCCAACGUCUCGCACCUCAAGUCGUACGGACAGGUUAAGGCUUUGUGCUCUCUGGCGCCCCCCGCGGUUGGUAAAACGACAGCAGGACAAGGACUCUCCGCAAUGCUGAGCCAAGAGGAGUUGGAAGAGCGGGACGAGGCCGCCUUGGAGUUGGCCGAGGAGGUGCAGGAAGCCAAAGAAGAAGGAAAGUUCAACCUUGUGGAUAUCAUGACCAUUCUGGGAGCGGCACAGGGGCGGAUUGUAAACAGCAGUGAACAACGCCCAGUGGUGGAGGAGAAUAUGAGUUUUGAGCCAAAGCGUCUGGGCUACCAUGAGUUGAAGGAGACGGCACCAUUUAGUCAUUAUUAGGCCCAAUCAAAGUGAAAAGCCGGGGCAAGGAAAGUUCCAACAACGUUUUGGGGCUGGACGGCUCAUCCCGUCGAGCUAAGUGUGUCACCUUCAUGAAAUGGGUGGAGCAAGCCUCAAAUUCAGCCAUUUCGAUUUGAUGUGAUCUUGCAUUGAUUCCCAAAGCAGCCCUUGGGUGUCUCUUAUUGACCAAAUACUUGUUUUACAAAUAAAUGCUCUCCAACUGAAA